AUGGACCGGGUGUUGCUUCCCUCAGAUGUGCUUCCAGAGCACUACGACCUCACGCUGGAGCCGGAUGUCGAGAAGUUUGUCUUCGAUGGCUCUGUCAAGAUCACCUGUGACGUAAAGGUUGCCACAGACAGCAUCAGCUUGCAUGCGCACGAGCUGGUGCUGUGGCAGGCAAGUUUCACACCCUCCGAGGGCAGCGCGUGCAAAGCGGAGACCAUCAGCCUGAAGAUCAAGAGCAAAUCGGCGGAGCUGGGCUUUGGGGAGGUUCUGCCAGUUGGCAAGGGGAUCCUGGAGAUCAAGUUUCGGGGUAUCUUGAAUGAUCAGCUGGCCGGGUUCUACCGGUCCCAGUACACCGACGCAAAUGGGGUGAAGCGGUUCAUGGCAACUACCCAGUUUGAGGCCAUUGACGCACGGCGCUGCUUCCCUUGCUGGGACGAGCCCGCUCGAAAGGCAACCUUUGGGGUCACGAUGAUCUACCCCGCCUUUCUCUCUGCCGUGUCCAACAUGCCACCCUGCAGCCUUGAGAUCUGUGCGGAUGGCAGGAAGAAGGAGACUUUUAUGAGCACUCCGAAGAUGAGCACGUACCUUUUGGCCUUCUGUGUGGGUGAGCUGGAGUUCAUCUCUGCUCGCACCAAGAGCGGGGUGCUGGCACGGAUCUACGCAUGCCCGGGCAACAGCAAGCGCUGCAGCUUCGCGCUGAAGUGCUGCGUAAGGGCCUUGGAGUUCUACGACGAGUUCUUCGGGCUCCCGUACCCUCUGCCCAAGAUGGACAUGAUCGCCAUCCCAGACUUCGCCAUCGGUGCCAUGGAGAAUUGGGGCCUGGUGACUUACCGGGAGGUAUGUCUCCUCUGCGAGGAGGCCACGGUGUCGGCGCUGCAGAAGCAGCGGAUCUGCAGCAUCAUCGCUCACGAGCUGGCGCACCAGUGGUUUGGCAAUCUGGUGACCAUGGAGUGGUGGGAGGAUUUGUGGCUGAACGAGGGGUUUGCCAACUGGAUGGAGACCUUCACCUCGGACCACCUCUUCCCCGAGUGGGGCGUCUGGGAGGCCUACGUGGGUGACGACCAGCAGCGGGCCUUGCGGCUCGAUGCGCUGCGCAGCAGCCAUCCCAUCCAGGUGCCCAUCAAGCGCGCGGAGGAGGUGGAGGAGGUUUUUGACGCCAUCAGCUACUCCAAGGGGGGCUCCGUGGUGCGGAUGAUCUACUCCGUGCUGGGGGAGAAGGACUUCCAGAGGGGCCUGCAGCUCUACUUCGAGCGACACAAGUACGGGAACACUCGCACCACGGAUCUGUGGAAGGCCUGGAAGGAGGUCUCCGGGAAGCCCGUGGACGAGAUGAUGAGCUCGGAUGGGUUGGAGGUGCUGAGUGAUCCCUUUGCGGGUGGUCCGCUGGAGCUGAAGCAGAGCUGGUUCUUGGCCGAUGGCUCCAGGGAAGCGGAGGACGAGAACUCGGUGUGGUUCUGUCCGAUCCUCGUGGGCACCGACCAACAGCUGGCGCCGGUCUCCUUCUUGGAGCAGAAGGUGGGCAAAGUGGAGUGCAACUUGGACGGCGCCAAGCUACUGAAGGUGAACUAUGGCCAGCAUGUGCCGCUGCGGGUGCUCUACCCGGAGAGUCUCUUCAGACGCCUGGUUCAGAACCUCGGCUGCCUCAGCGCGGAAGAUCGGAUCGGCUUGCUGGCGGACACCUUCGCCAUUUGCAAAGCCGGGGCCCAGGACCCCAACUUCUUGGUGGAUCUUUUGGGUGGCUUCAAGGGCGAGCUGAACGAGAACGUCUUCGAGCAGCUCGUGUCUUGUUUGGGCAGCCUGGAGAAGAUCAUCUGCGGCUUGGACGAGGACAUCGCGAAGGCCUUCAAGGCCUUCUGCGCCAGCCUGGUGAAGCCGGCCUUCCAGGCGGUGGGCUGGGAGCCGGACGCCUCGGAGUCGGAGAACCGGAAGAAGCUGCGAACCGCGGUGCUCGGCGCCGUGGCGUCCUACUGCGCCGAGGGCUCGGUGGCCGCAGAGGCGGUGGCCAGGUGCAGGGCCUUCGUGGCGGAGCCCACGAACCCUGAGGUGCUCAACGCGGACGUGCGCUUGGCCGUGCUGUCCGUCGCCGUGCAGAGCGAGGCCGCGAUCUUCGACGCGCUGCUGCAGGCCCACGACGUGGUCACAGACGGCGCAGCCCGGGUCCACAUCUACCGGGCCCUGGGCAGCGUGUCCAGCGCUCAGCAGAGGCAGCGCGCCCUGGAGUUCAACCUCACCAAAGUGAGGUCCCAGGACCUCAUCUACAUCCCAAUGGUCAUGGCUGGCUCCGGUACAGCCGGCGCAGAAGCAGCCUUUGCGUGGAUCCAGAAAGAGUACGACCAGAUCUAUGAGAAGAUAGGCACCGCGUCCAUGAUGAUGUUUCAGAACAUGGUCCGAAUCUGCGGGGGCUUCGUCACCGAAGAAAAGGCCCAGGAGGUGGAGACGUUUUGGAAGUCCAAGCCGGUCUAUGAAAACGUGCAGAAAUGUGUGGCGCAGACGGUGGAGGGCAUCCUGUCCAACGCGAAGUUUGUGGCGAGAUUGAAGCCUUCCAAGGCUGGGCAGGCCUCGACCUGGAGGCAAGCGGAGCGCAUUGCGGCGGCAUUGGGUUGCUCCCGGUUGGGCACAGUGAUCGCCAGCAACCAGCAGCUCCCCUCGCUGGCUUACUUGGCUUCCAUCGCCGCCUUCCGCAGCGCGGACUCCAUCGUGGCCUCGCUGGGAACGGUGGUGCUGGGAACGCUGGCGCGGGAGCCUGUGACCUUCGUCAUGGGUGCCUUUCUGACUGCGGGAAGGUUUCAAUCCAUGGAAGGUGCGCGCCCUCAAAGCGUGCUGCUGUUGCUCAGCCUUCCAGUGAUCCUGCAUUUCGACACCAUUUUUGGUGCCAUCGCAUCUCAGACUUGUUCCGCUGCUGUUGUCACCACCGUGAUUACUGCCUCGCACAUGCUGGCGGGCUUUUGCCUGGACUACUUGCUGCAAGGGCAUUCGAAGCUGGUGACCAUCCUGGGUGCCCUUCUGAGCUUCGUAGCCGUGCUUGUCAUGCAGCUUGCUCAGCUGGGCAACACCCCAAGGUCCAGCGACAAUGAGCCGCAGCGAGAGCCGCCCGCCUCCUCCCCGAGGCCUUCCUUUCAGCUGCCGGGAGAGUCCCCACCACCCUCCGUGAGGCUCCGGCGCCACUCAGUGUCAACAGACGAGCACCCUGAGCAGCUGUCAGCUCGCGUUUCCGCGCCUCAGCGCUGCUUGCCUGAUUCCCACAGGGCUGGCUGGCUGGCUUUGUCGGAUUGUCUGCAAGCCCUGCUUGCACUCGGGAAGGCGAAGGGGGGACUUUUGUGA